AUGUUGAGAAUCACUCGAGCACAGCUCAUUUCCAAGGUCUGUGUUCGCCAGACACAGUCAAUUACACCCCUCGCCUCGCGAGGACUCAAGUCCUCCGCUAUCGCCCGAUUUGCCGACGCCAAUGAACUCGAAACCACCUCUCUGACCGGCCGGAAGUUCGUGCCCAAGUUUGCUCAGGAGGAGCACCUUCAGAUUAGAUGGCGAAACAAGCCCCGAACUGAGCCCCCCGUGACUCUACCCCGAAAGGCUGCCUCUCUACCCAUUGAUACCAGCUACGCUACCCUCUUUACCUCCACUCCUGUUCCUGCUACCCAGUCCAGAGAAAAGUACAAGGAGUUCGUCAAGAGCGCCAACGCCAACCUCCACUACCUCAAGAUCCCCAAGAACAUGCGACCUCUUAUUUUCCGAGAGAAGAACUCUGACGUUCUGGAGGAGCUUAACAUCCUUUACCCUGGAGGAGAGCCCGUGACCCCUCUGCCCCCUCGAACCAUGGCUAUCACUUCUGGUAUUGUCUCAAGCGUCAUCAACAACGCCGAGACCCUCGAGGAUCUGUACGCCGCUCGAGAGUUCCUGCAUGACGCUGUCAUCUACGCUCCCGAUCAGACCAACCCCGGCCAGCUCCUGGCUCUCUAUAACAAGUACAUUGAGGUUGGGGGUUUUGGAAAGGCUGAGUCUAUGCUCCGGGACCCUGUUCUCUCCGAGUACCUGCUCCAGGAAGCUGCCCGAGUCGGUACCCUGCGAUCCAAGGUUCUCUACCGAGCCAAGAACAAGACUAAGGGUCUGAGAGACACCGUGAACGGUCUACGACGAGUCUACAAGAUCGACGUCACUAAGUCCGGGCACGUUGAGCUCCCCGUCGAGUUGCUCUUCAUCUAUUAUCUGGCAUCUACAGGUCUGGCCUCUGACUUCCCCAAGGACAUUGUCCAGCAGGUCCGAAAGUACAAGAUCGACCCCGACAUGACCGCCAAGCGAGAGGGAGCCACCGAGGCUGCUCUCCGAAGCCGAAUCCUGUUCAAGAACUUCGUCGCCAGCGCUACCCAGACUCUCGAGGAAACCAACGCCAAGGGACUCAAGAACGUGCCCCAGGCUGCCGCCAAUGACAUGUACCUAGAUGCCAAGAUCACCCUUGACGCGCUGAGCUCCCCCACCAACGACUGGAACAUUGACACCCAGGGUCUCGCCAAGCAGCUCAAGGCCUACAUUGCUCUUCUGCACAACGAGAAUGUUGACAAGAAGGCUGUUGAGGACAAGAUCAACUUCUACGCUAACUCUCGAAAGGACAACGGUAUGUCCGCUGAGGCUGAGGAGGCUGCCGAGAAGGUCGCUGCUGCCCGAAACAACGCUGAUCCCACUUACUCCGAGGAGGUCCGAGAGGGAAUCUACGACAAGGAGCCUACCGUUGACGGCAAGACCGUUGAGCAGCUUGAUGCUGAGGAGGCCGAGAUUGGCCGAGAGGCCAAGGCACACAAGAAGGCUGCUCCCAUCAAGGACGACGGUAUGUCUCCUGAAGCCAAGGCUGCUGCCGAGAAGGUUGCUGCUGCUCGUAACGACCCUGCUCCUACUUACUCUGAGGAGGUUCGAGAAGGUAUCCACGACAAGGAGCCCACUGUUGACGGCAAGACUGUCGAGCAGCUGGACGCUGAGGAGGCCAAGAUCGCCACCGAAGCCAAGGCCAACAAGAAGGCCGCUGCCCCUAACACCGAUGGCAUGUCCCCUGAGGCCAAGGCUGCCGCUGAAAAGGUUGCUGCUGCGCGAAACGACCCUGCCCCUACUUACUCCGAAGAGGUCCGAGAAGGAAUCUACGACCAGGAGCCUACAGUGGACGGCAAGACUGUCGAUCAGCUCGAUGCCGAGGAAGCCAAGAUUGCCACCCAGGCUAAGCUGCACCCCUACAAGGCUGGCCAGUCCUCUUCCAUCAAGGAUGAUGGUAUGUCCCCUGAGGCCAAGGCUGCUGCUGACAAGGUUGCCGCUGCUCGAAACGACCCCGCUCCUACCUACUCUGAGGAGGUUCGAGAGGGCAUUUACGAUGCGGAGCCCACUGUUGACGGCAAGACUGUUGAACAGCUCGAUGCCGAGGAAGCCAAGAUUGCCACCCAGGCUAAGCUGAACCCUUACAAGAAGGCCGCUGCUCCCAGCACCGAUGGUAUGUCUGCCGAGGCCAAGGCUGCUGCCGAGAAGGUCGCUGCUGCCCGAAGCAACACCGAUCCCACUUACUCCGAGGAGGUCCGAGAGGGAAUCUACGACAAGGAGCCUACCGUUGACGGCAAGACUGUUGAGCAGCUUGAUGCUGAGGAGGCCGAGAUUGGCCGAGAGGCCAAGGCACACAAGAAGGCUACUCCCAUCAAGGACGACGGUAUGUCUCCUGAGGCCAAGGCUGCUGCCGAGAAGGUUGCUGCUGCUCGGAACGACCCUGCCCCUACUUACUCUGAGGAGGUUCGAGAAGGUAUCCACGACAAGGAGCCCACUGUUGACGGCAAGACUGUCGAGCAGCUCGAUGCCGAGGAGGCCAAGAUCGCCACUGACGCCAAGCUCCGACGUGAGGGUAAGCUUCCCAAGGAGUAA